GCGCAGGCGGGACGCGAGAGCGGCGCGGGCAGCCCCCAGCCCGCUCCUUCUCCUCCGCAGCCGCCGUUCCUUCUCCUGCCCGCUGCCGCCCGCCCGGCGCCGCGGCAGAGCCCGGGGCAGAGCCCGGGGCAGAGGAUGGCCGCCCCGCCGGGCUCCGCCGCGCUCCGGGCGCUGCUGCCGCCGCUGCUCGCCCUGUGCGCCGCGCAGCCGGGCCCCGCCGGGGCUCAGCCGGGGCUCAGCCUCCACCCGCCCUACUUCAACCUGGCGGCGGCCGCCCGCGUCUGGGCCACGGCCACCUGCGGGGAGGCGGCGGGCGGCGGCGGGCGGCCGCAGCUCUUCUGCAAGCUGGUGGGGGGCCCGGCCGCCGCCCCGCUGGGACGCGCCAUCCAGGGCCAGUUCUGUGAUUACUGCAAUGCUGCUGAUCCCAGCAAAGCUCACCCCAUAACCAAUGCCAUUGAUGGCACUGAGAGCUGGUGGCAAAGUCCCCCUCUUUCCAUGGGCUUGAAGUACAACGAAGUCAAUGUCACCUUAGAUCUGGGGCAGCUCUUCCAUGUUGCCUAUAUCCUUAUCAAGUUUGCGAAUUCUCCUCGUCCAGAUCUCUGGGUCUUGGAAAGAUCGGUGGACUUUGGAAAAACUUACACUCCCUGGCAAUUUUUUGCUUACUCGAGAGCAGAUUGCUUGGAGCGCUUUGGAAAGGAAGCAAAUCUUCCCGUGAGGAGGGACAGCGAUGUCCUGUGCACCACUGAGUACUCUCGCAUUCUGCCUCUUGAAAAUGGCGAGAUUGUAGUAUCUUUGGUAAAUGGCCGCCCAGGAGCAAAAAACUUUACUUAUUCCCCUGGUCUUCAAGAAUUCACAAAGGCAACAAACAUCCGCCUGCGUUUUCUCAGAACUAAUACUCUUCUUGGACACUUGAUAUCCAAAGCUCAGCGGGACCCCACUGUAACUCGAAGAUAUUACUACAGUAUAAAGGACAUCAGUAUUGGUGGUCGAUGUGUUUGCCAUGGCCAUGCUGAAGUAUGUAAUCCAAAGAGUGCUGAAAACCAAUACCAGUUUCAGUGUGAAUGUCAGCAUAAUACUUGUGGGGAAACCUGUGAUCACUGCUGCCCUGGAUAUAAUCAGAAACAGUGGCAACCUGCAACAGCUGGGAGCACAAACAUAUGUGAACCCUGCAAUUGCCAUGGACAUGCCACUGAUUGCUACUAUGAUGCUGAUGUUGAUCAGCGUCAAGCAAGCUUAAACAUCCAUGGGCAUUAUGAAGGUGGAGGAGUCUGCAUUAACUGCCAGGACUGAACUACUUGACCUCAUGAGGUCCCUUACAACCUGAGUCAUUCAUUGGUUCAGUGAUCUCGUGGUUAAAUAAAUCCAGACUUACAUGGAAGUCUGUCUUCCUUUUGUUGUCAAGUCAUCU